AUGGCGGCGUUGAGCAGCGCCGAGUCCCCACCGGCCGUCUUUAACGGAGAGCCGAUGGCGCACGACGCGGAACGGGAGAGAUAUCCGGACCAGGAGACGGGGCUCGUGGCUCUGAGCGCGAGCUUCAGCUCGGUUUGCACCACCUGCUCGUCCAGCAACGACCCAGAGCAUCGGCACGACAUUCCCGAGGAGAUAUGGAAUAUCAAACAGAUGAUCAAGCUGACUCAAGAGCACAUAGAGGCACUUCUGGAGAAGUUUGGAGGUGAACACAACCCACCAUCCAUUUACCUAGAGGCUUAUGAAGAGUACACCAGUAAGCUGGACUCUUUACAGCAGAGGGAGCAGCAGUUGUUAGAGGCUAUUGGGAACGUCACAGAGUUCUGUUCCUCUCCCACUCCUGCCUCACUGGAGAUGAGACUUGGGGCACCCCAGACCUCUGCGACUGCACCCAACACCCUUGCAGUGCUGCAGACACCCAACGACGUAUCUCGCGGCAACCCACGCUCGCCACAGAAACCCAUCGUCAGAGUCUUUCUGCCCAAUAAACAAAGGACAGUGGUCCCAGCACGUUGUGGGAUGACGGUGAAGGAUUCUUUAAAGAAGGCUCUAAUGAUGAGAGGGUUGAUCCCAGAAUGCUGUGCAGUGUACAGGAUUCAGGAUGGAGAGAAGAAGCCUAUUGGCUGGGAUACAGACAUUUCCUGGUUGACGGGAGAGGAGCUUCAUGUGGAGGUUUUAGAGAAUGUACCCCUGACGACUCAUAAUUUUGUAAGGAAGACAUUCUUUACACUGGCCUUCUGCGAUUUCUGCCGAAAGCUGUUAUUCCAGGGCUUCCGGUGCCAGACAUGUGGCUACAAAUUCCACCAGCGCUGCAGCACUGAGGUGCCGCUCAUGUGUGUGAACUACGACCAGCUGGAUUUAUUAUUGACAUCCAAGUUUUUUGUAUACCAAAAGCCACAGGGGGAUGUUUCUUCAGAGGGCACCACCCCAGUGGUAGAGUUGUGUCCGUCCAUCCCACCGUCUGACUCCACGGGGUCUCUGUGCCACCCAACUGUGUCCCCAUCCAAAUCUAUCCCCAUCCCAAAUUUCCGGCCAGGAGAGGAGGAUCACCGUAAUCAGUUUGGCCAGAGAGACCGCUCUUCCUCAGCUCCUAACGUACAUAUCAACUCAAUCGAGCCAGUCAACAUUGAGGACUUGAUUCGUGAUCAAGGUUUACAGAGGUCAGAUGGAGGCUCCACCACUGGACUCUCAGCCACACCCCCUGCCUCCCUGCCCGGUUCCCUGACCAAUGUGAAGAUGCCACAGAAGUCACCGUGCCAACAGCGGGAGCGCAAAUCGUCGUCCUCGUCCGAGGACCGCAAUAAAAUGAAAACACUGGGCCGACGAGACUCCAGUGAUGACUGGGAGAUUCCAGAGGGACAGAUUACUCUAGGCCAGCGGAUAGGAUCUGGCUCUUUUGGGACAGUCUACAAAGGAAAGUGGCAUGGUGACGUGGCAGUUAAGAUGUUAAAUGUCACUGCUCCCACUCCUCAGCAAUUACAGGCCUUUAAGAAUGAAGUGGGGGUCCUCAGGAAAACCCGACAUGUCAAUAUCCUGCUCUUCAUGGGCUACACCACUAAACCACAGCUGGCUAUUGUCACGCAGUGGUGUGAAGGCUCCAGUCUUUACCAUCACCUGCACAUCAUCGAGACCAAGUUUGAGAUGAUCAAACUGAUCGACAUUGCCCGUCAGACAGCACAGGGCAUGGACUAUCUGCACGCCAAGUCCAUCAUCCACAGGGAUCUGAAGAGCAACAAUAUCUUCUUGCAUGAAGAUCUGACAGUUAAGAUUGGUGAUUUUGGUCUCGCUACAGUAAAAUCACGCUGGAGUGGAUCACACCAGUUUGAGCAGCUGUCUGGCUCAAUCCUGUGGAUGGCUCCUGAGGUGAUCCGGCUGCAGGAUAAGAACCCAUACAGCUUUCAGUCAGAUGUCUAUGCCUUUGGCAUUGUGCUGUAUGAGCUGAUGUCAGGGGCAUUACCUUACUCUAACAUCAACAACAGAGACCAGAUUAUCUUCAUGGUGGGCCGAGGUUACCUCAGUGCAGACAUUAGCAAAGUGCGCAGCAACUGCCCCAAAGCAAUGAAGAGACUAAUGGCUGACUGCUUAAAGAAGAAAAGAGAAGAGCGUCCUCUUUUCCCUCAGAUCCUGGCCUCCAUAGAACUGCUAGCACGAUCUUUACCCAAAAUCCAUCGCAGCGCUUCUGAGCCGUCACUGAACCGCGCUGGCUUUCAAACAGAAGACUUCAGUCUGUAUGCCUGCGCCUCGCCAAAAACACCCAUCCAGGCUGGAGGUUACGGGGAAUUUUCAGCAUUUAAGUAGUGAUGCUGACUUUUGACUGAAGCUCACCCCUGGUCUUGUGUUCCUUCAGUGGGUUCAUCUUUACUGCAUAAAACAGAAAAAAACACCUAGUUUUAAAGAAUGUGCUGUUGUUCCUCUCUACAUGAAGAGCGAUGGUAUUGAUGGAAUUACUAAGAACAUUUUUAAAAAGGGAAAAACGUCAGCCAGACACCAUGACUGAUUAAAAAAAACGUCACAGCCUGAAAACCUGAAAGGAUGCACAUAAAUAGAAAAGGACAUUGAGUUGCGAAACCUUGAGGAUGGCAACUGAAUGAAAGAAGUGGACCAAUGCCAGGAGUAUGAAGUCUCGCCAUGAAGACUGAUGAUGCUGAGUAUGAUGCAUUGCAUUGCUUCAGUUAAUGCACAGGAUCAACACCUUUACUAAUGUCAUCACUUAUUUUAGUAGAGUGGGUGUUCUGCACAGUGCACAGUGGGUGACGAGCAGGAAUUGGUUUUAGUUGAGCCCAGUGUCAAGCCCUUUCACACAAAGCCAGGACAUUACUAGGGUGCAAUUACUAGUUUGGUUUUCUUCACAUCUGCAGCCUUAAUGCAGUUUUACACUAGUUAGUACCUUGUCAAUAAAAACCUGUUCCAUGAUGUGGCAAAUUGGAACCCCAGAUGCAAUGAAUUAAAUUACGCUUCAUAUGCAUGAAUCUUCUCCUACUACUGAGUUCUUGAGUUACUGGUACACCAUAUGGCCAAAAGUUUGUGGUCACCCUUCCUAAUUAUUAAGUCCAUGUUAUUGACGUUUUCAUUUAAAAUAAAUGAUAUGCUUUCAUUGUUGUGGAAACAGUUUAAGAAAGGCCCUUUCACUUCCAACAUGAUUUAGUGCACAAAGCUGGUCCAGUAAGGCAAGGUUUGGAACUCCAGUCGCCUGCACGGAGCUCUGAACCACAUCUGCAUUGAAUGACUUUUGGAGGAAUUUAAAUGUCUUUGCUUGCCGUUUGAUUUGGUCAUGGGAUG